AGAAGGGGAAUAUACUGUAUGGCGCUGUAAAGGGCGCCCCCAAUAUUUUCUAAGAUGGCAGACCCUUUGGGUCUUUUCGCCUUGUUUCUCUGCCUUAUACAGGUAGCCCGUUCAUCCGGCCAGUUUGAGUCUGCAGCUCCACCCAUCAGACAGGACUGCUUUGCACUCGGUCUGUCUUCCAAUCUCUUGUGCAGCUCUUGUGGCAUCCUUCCAAGUCACGGACUGGAAUCGCUGGUGCCGGACUGCCAGACGUGCUGUCACAAAGACAACGAUGCCGAGGAUCACAAGCUUUAUCCAAAGGCAAUCCUGGAGGUAUGUAGCUGAAAAUUGGGGAGAUUUCCACAGAUCCAGGCCUUCGUCAAGAGCGAACGGUCAAAAAGCUUUUCAAAUCUCGAGAUAAAGUUCAAGCGCGGGGCAGACCCAACCCUCAAGUUCCUGAACGAGAACCAGAAGGUGGAGGAAACCCUGAGCAUCGAGAGAUGGAACACGGACACUGUGGAAGAAUUCCUACAGGAACGCCUCCUGCCCUAGACCAAAAUCACAGUCCAUAAGGCCAUGCAGAAAAAGAUUCUUGUUUCCUGGUCCCUUUCUCAAGAAAGUCUGGCAUACCUGCCAAUUAGAAAUACUAAUCAUUGUAAUGUUUUGAUUUGUAAAAGCAGCACAGGUGACCAUUAAUCCAUAUGCCACUUUUUUUUUCUUUGCAUGGCCUUAGGGACCAGCAAGUGUAACUCAACGUUGUGAGACACUUUUAUGAAGGCGUUGUGCUAAACCCUGACCGGGGCACAGCACCUGAUGCGUAGUGUGUCACGACAGAAUUCUACAUCUGUGUAACAAGAAGUCUUGGUGUUUUGUUCAAUACUUGGUGCAACGCAGCACAAUGCAGUGCAGUUUGAAAAGUGGCCGUCUUGACAUUUGUUCCCUUUAAAAUCCCUGAUACUAUUUCUGUUCUUAACCUUACGCAAACCCAUUUCCCACAACUUCCACACCUAGAUUCCAGGAUUUUAAGGGACUUGGGACUGAACAAGCCCAGCCACUGUUAGGUUAGAUGUCUCUAUUUUGAGCACAAAAAGUAUGCCAUUAAUUUCUUACAGUGACAGAUUCUGAGAUUUCAAACUUCCUCCGAGAAACAAGUGACAUACCUAGUGAAAAGCAUUUCCAUUUUUUAAGCACUUCCUCCUAACCAAGAUAUACGUUGUACUUAGAGGCAAAAUUAUGUGUGAAUAAGCCUUUUGCGAGUUGAAUUUGAAUAACAUCUGGUACACCGAGUCUACAUUCACAUGAACAUAAUUUAAUUCUCCAUACUAGACACUCUUGCUUUUACCUCGUGAUUCGGGGCAGGCUUUUGCUUAGCUACAUAAGAGAUGCCUUGCACCAAUACACCGUUUUCAAUGUGUAAGAAGGGCACAAAGAGAUCAGUCCAUUCACGAGAUGGUUGCUAUGGAAAAGCUUGCCCGAAUCAUGAGGUAUAGCAACAGUGUCUUUGGUCUGGGGAAUUCAGAUUGUUGUAUGUGCUAUCAGAUAAUUCAGUGUACCAGAUUUUAUGCAAAUUUAACUCACAAAAGGCUUAUUAUUUCAAAUGGCUUUUCUUCCAUGUUUGUUCACAUCUGUUCACAUUACAGUCUGGCUGUAAUUUAUCAUAAAUUCCUACUUGGAUACAAUAAAAGACACAAUGACUGGCAGUAC